CAUAGAGCGAGACACGUGCUUAUUCGUUUGUAAGUAAUCCACCCCCCCCUCCGCCAUACACACCCCUCCUGAGAACGAGCGACGGAGAGACGGAGAGAGAGAGAGACGGAGAGAGAGGGAGAGAGAGGGGGACUGUGUGCGGGCGCCGCAGCUCUGUUCCCUGAAGGCCAUGGAAGACUGCUCUCUGCCGUUCUGGAUUUACAUGGGGGUGAUGUCCAUGUUUGUGGGAGGGGCGGUGAGGAAGGCGCUGGCGUGGCAGGUGCGCGGGGCGCCAGCCCUGCUGGCCGGGCUGGGGGCAGCGCUGCUGGUGGAGCGGCUGUGGGCGCUGUGGCCUCCCGCCGUGCUGGCCCUGACCGCGCUGCUCGCCGCACGCCCAUACCUUCCGGGAGCGGGAGGGGCCCGCCGUCGUCCUCUCCCGGCCGAGGGCAGGGCUGUCCUCAUCACGGGCUGUGACUCUGGGUUUGGAAAAGCAACAGCACAGCACCUGGACAUGCUGGGCUUUGAGGUGUUUGCCAGCGUGCUGGACCUGACCGGACCGGGAGCCGUGGACCUGCAGCGGACCUGCUCGUCUCGGCUCACCCUCCUCCAGAUGGACCUGACAGAACCGCAGGACAUCCAGCAGGCCCUCCUCAGCACCAAGGCCAAACUGGGCCUACGAGGUCUGUGGGGGCUGGUGAACAAUGCGGGGAAAUGUGUGAACUUUGCCGAUGCAGAGCUGUCACUCAUGUCCAACUACAGAGGCUGCAUGGAGGUCAAUUUCUUUGGAACAGUGAACGUCACCAAGGCCUUUCUUCCACUGUUACGGAAGGCCAAAGGCAGGAUUGUGAAUAUUUCCAGCCCUGCAGGGGAACAGCCCUUUCCGUGUCUGGCAGCGUACGGAGCUUCCAAAGCGGCCCUCAGCCUCUUCAUCAACACCUUACGUCAUGAGCUGGAGCCCUGGGGGGUCAAGAUCUCCAACAUCCUCCCGUCGGCCUUUAAGACCGCUCAGACCACCAACACCAAGUACUGGGAGGAGCAGUACAAGAACCUCAUCCAGAACCUUCCGCCAGAACUGCUGGAGGAGUACGGGGAAGACUACACCCUGGAGACCAUGGAGCUUUACCAGGAAUUCACCAAGACGGCCAACGAAGACCUGAGCCCAGUGGUCAACACUAUCGCUGAGGCGCUCACCUCCCCGGAGCCCAAACCACGCUACUACGCCGGGCCAGGCGUGCGCCUCAUGUACUUCGUCUACACGUAUUUCCCCGUCUUCAUCAGCGACAGGUUCCUGCAGAGGCACUUCCUGAAGAAGCAGGUCCUGCCACGGGCUCUGAGGAUAGACAAUGGCAGCAGCCACAAUAACAAUAACAUUAACAAGAUGUGAAAAGGCUUCAGGCCGGGUGGAGGUCAGAGGCACGCCAGGCUUCAUGGGAUUUCGCCCGGCCACGACUGAGGAAGGCAACUGCUUCGUUUGCGACUACUAGAUUUAAAUCAAAUAACUUCAUCAGAGUCGUUACAUUUUGUCAGGAUAUUAUACGUAUUUUGACAGUGUUUUGGGCAGGUCACUGGCAAGGUGAAUUGCCACAUUACUUUUUUUUAGGUUUUGGAAAUGUCCGUAGCGACUGUUAGCAGCCAUGGAUCUGUAAUGAUAGGAAAUGGCCCCCAUCGUCACUAUCCUGCUUUUCACUCCCUACAGUUCCUGUGUCAUUUAGGGACAUUAAUAGUUAGCACGUACAGUAGAAAUGGCCACAUUAAAAUAUGUACUCAUAGGCGAUCCAUUAUUCUUUCAAAUUAAUUACAUAUGUUCAAAUGUAAAAUAUAAACUCUAAAAUUAUGCUUAAAAGGACCACAUGCAUAUUUUAGUAUUUUUGAGCUUUUCAUAUCACCUGGUGCUUUCGAUUUAUGUUGAUUCAAGUAAACAACUCCGAUUUUGUAUGCCUAUUUUAGGGUCUAAUUGUUAUUUUUCCAAGCUGUUUGUAAAACGAUUUUCCACGUGACAUGACAUAUGUUUUUGCAUAAUUAUCGGAUGACAUUGCGAUAUAUAUAUAUAUAUAUAUAUAUAUACACACACACCUCUGGUCCCACGUAAUCUGCUUCUUUGAGACAGAGCCAAAAGCCUUUGAGAACUACCUAGUUAGUUGUCAGUUAGGUAUUUGCUGGUUAUUUUUGCUCCUCAAGUCCUCUCUUUCCUUCAAUAUUAUAUUCCCUCCACUUAAGCUACACUUUCACCAUUGACCAUGUUAACACAGAUAGCUGACCAACCAUGUUAACACAGAGAACUGACCGUGUUAACACAGAUAGCUGACCAACCAUGUUAAUACAGAUUGCUGACCAACCAUGUUAACACAGAGACCUGACCAUGUUAACAGAGAGAGCUGACCAUGCUAACACAGAGAGCUGAUCAUGUUAAUACAGAGAGCUGACCGCAGGAGGUAGACAAGGAGCAGCAGCUGCCCACUGAUUUUUGCAACACGGGGUAAAUUAAUACAUUUUUACAAUUAAAAAUGAUGGAUUCAAUGAAGGUUUCCAAUACAAUCUGUGGUCAAUUAUAAUUGUGUUAUAAUUAUAUAAUGUAUUAUUAUUGUUGGCUGCAAUAGCUGUAAUAUCAGUGAUCUAACAUGUUAUCUAAUAACAUUAGCUAACCCCCAUCCAGCAACAAUUGCUACUUAUAAAAUACUUAGCUGGGUUAAUGUAUGAUUCACAUGACACCAGUUAGAGGUUAAAUAGCCAAGCUAAUAUAAACUACUUUCACUAUUACACUGGUUUGUAUUAGUCGGUAUUCUGCCAGUUUCAAUGCUUCCAGAUGCCUCUUCUUUCUCUACUGUAGCUCUGUAGCUUAACUGCAGCUUACCAUUAAGUGUGACCCAUUUUCUUAAUACAAGCUUGAAAACAAUAAAAUGGUUACUACUACCAUUUUGACUACAGGCACAGUCCUGGUCUCUUCUGAAAGGUAACCCUUGGGGGUUUGUUAUCUAAAAGCCAGACAUAGUAGUAGCAGAAUAUUUAUUUCUCGCUGAAAAUAUUUUUUGGUAUUUGAGCGGAUGCCAAUGCUUUGGCUGUGUCUGGUGGGCUUAGAAACACAAUGGAACCACAUCAAAAACGCUGGACAAAUCCCUUUCAAAUUUGGUCACCAAAAUAUUGCUUUCUACAUUGUUUUUUCUAAGUUAUGUUUAGACAGGUUUCCAAAAGACAUUUGGCGACGCCAAAAGGAUGCAUGUAAUCUAAAUGAUAUGAUGAGUUGUGCAUGUGGUGUAAAAUACUAUAGAUUGCAUACUGAAUGAUAAAACACUUUUUAUCCUCAUCUGGAAGCAGCAGGUCCAGAAGAUUGUAAAAAUAUAUUUAAGUACAAUAAUUGCAAUAAUAAGAUCCUGUAUACUAAUAUAUUGAUUGAGGUCCACUGACCAAAGUUUUUGUCAUAUACCCAACCCCCAACAACACAUCCCACAAUUUCACAUUCCAUUUAUUAUUCAGAAGCAGGCCUGCUCAUUAUUUAUAAGCAUACAGAAUAAUAAUAAACCAUUUUGAGAUUGUAUUUAGAUGCUCACCAAUGUAAAAUGGGGUCACUGGAAAUUCCCUCUAGUGUGGAGUGAAAUGAGUUUUCACUGUCCUCCUCAGAACUAUUCAAUCAGAGAAGUGAUUUUCUAAGUGUUCUAUUUACACUUAGUCAUCACAAAAAAAAUUGUUUUGCCAUAAAGUCUCAAGAACUGUUAUUUUCCAGCGCACAAGCGUGCAUGCGUAUUGAAAAUGAAAGGAAAAUUAUAAUGGUAGCAAAACAAUCUGUGUUGUUUUAUGCAAACCCUACAAACAAUAGACCGUUGGAAACUUAAUUUCAUUAGCUAAAAUGCUACUCAGGUAUGACUUGGUAAAACUACCGCUCACGGAGAGUUGUAUAUACCAUGCGACUGCAUUACUGGGACUGGUCAGAAAACCUUGUAGUUGCACUGAUCGUGUUUCAGAGAGCCAAUAUAAAACAUAGAUAAUAGCAUUCCUAUGUACAAGUGCUUUUGUACACGUAUGCAAUGGUGCAAUGGACAAAAACCGAUGAAAUUCCUCCAGAGAAGUAAACAAUGGGCAUUAUGUCAAUGUUUCUCUGAGUUAGCAUGUUAGAAUUUUAAUCUAUUAUGGAUUUGGUUCACUGGAUCCUUGCCGUGAAAAGGACACCAACAUUAUCUGAUUUGUGUGGCUUGUGGAUUCCUAAAAUGACAUUGUAAAUGGCAUUGUAAAAUAGUUUAUAGAGAGAACCGUGAGUUUUAACGCUUUCACCAUAUUAAUUGAAAAUUGCACCAUGAGAAAAGGAAUCCCACUCCGGCCUGAAUACAGGCUGGUUAACUUGCAGUUAAUGUCUAUUUCCACAUAAAAGCUGAGGAUGGAACUCUGAUGGAGUUUUUUCCCCUUUGUAUCCAUUGAUCCAGGUUUCGGCACGGUUGCCCAGAUUGUCUGAUUUCCAUCAUUGUAUUAAAUCACUGUACAAAGGCAAGUUAUAGGACCAAUUAUGGCACUUUUAGUGGCUUUUUUGUUGGUGUUGCAUUACGCUAAUUGUGCGUGUGUUGCAUUUUUGAACGGAUCCUACCACACUGGACUGGGCGCAUCACAUUGGGAAGGGGCGGGGACCUGUGCGCAUCUGACUACGCUCACACGCUACGUCAGGGGACUGCUUCACUCUCAGUCAGCUUUCUUUGAGUGAACUUCCCCCUGACCCUGUCGUCAUCCUUCCUUCAUUGGUCUUAAGGCAAUGAAGUGGACCUCUAUGAAGUGUGUAUGAGAGUCCAUGUUGAAUAAUUUCUGUUUAACGCAGCGUUUUAAUUGGGCAGAGACAGAGGCGCCAUUAUUACUCUGGUUCACCCUAUGCCCAUCUCACAGCAGAGAAAUUACCUCAACCAGCUGUUCUGUGCAUCCUGCAGAUUCGUUGAUCCUCGUGAUAAAAAGAUUCAAGAUUAUUUUAACUUUUUUGUUUUGUUGUUGAUGUUUUGUUGCUAUUUCUGUUUUUUGCUGUUGUUUUUUUUCCCCCCACUGUAAUUUGAAACAAUGUAUUCAUGCCAUUUUUCUUUAAAUAACUUAUAGAACUGUGAAUUUUUAUAUAAAGAAAAAACUAUUGUUCAAUAAAUUGUUCCAAUUUAUUUGAUAGUAUUAAAUUCACUUUUAUAAAA